AUGCCUGAGUGCCGCACGCGCCUGCGCGGUAGCGGGAGUCGUGCUCUUCGGGCUGAGGAGAUUCCUUCCGAGUUUACCGGGGUGCAGGCGCUGAGGAAGCAGAGGCUAGCGGAGCUGCAGGCCAAGCACGGGGAUCCUGGUGAUGCAGCCCAACAGGAAGCAAAGCAAAGGGAAGCAGAGAUGAGAAACAGUAUCUUAGCCCAAGUCCUGGAUCAGUCAGCCCGGGCCAGAUUAAGUAACUUAGCACUUGUAAAGCCUGAAAAAACUAAAGCAGUAGAGAACUACCUUAUACAGAUGGCACGGUAUGGACAGCUGAGCGGGAAGGUAUCAGAACAAGGUUUAAUAGAAAUACUUGAGAAAGUCAGCCAACAGACAGAAAAGAAGACAACAGUUAAAUUCAACAGAAGAAAAGUAAUGGAGUCCGAUGAAGAUGACGAUUACUAAGAGGAAAUGCUUAGACUUACGGAGCAGUGUCUAGGGCAGUUACAACCUUUUAAAUGUUUACUUUGUUUAUUGUCUAUAUAUGCAUUUUGAAAAAAUAAACUUGUUACUCAAACUAAA